UCCUUUUCGUUCCAGGCUGGCUACGAGCACCCGACUUCCACCCACCUGACGACGACCCAGACAAGGCCGCAGGUUCCACAGUCCCCAAGCGGAAAAGGCUCACCAAGGCUUGCAACUCUUGUCAUAAAAGCAAAAGGAGAUGCGAUGGUACAGCGCCGUGCAGCAACUGCUAUUUCGCCUCGAAACCUUGCCAGUACACGGAUGCGUUCGGUCGGGAGGUUUCUGCACCCCAUCCCGGCAAGCCCGACGCGUCCAAGCUUCCUCGGGGAUCUUCCUUGCGUUCCAAGAGUCGGGUGGAAACGGGCUGGCGCGUUCUAUAUCUCUGUCCUCCUGGAUAUGGGUGAAUCCCACCAAGCCCGCAAACGAGCAAAGACGAAACCUUCCUCUCAAACGCUGCCAAUCAACCACAAGGGUCUUCCGACCCUAUCUGCAUUGAAGACGGCCAGCGGGGGUGCAUCAGUGCGGCGGCUGUAUUAGACAUUGGGACCACGCGCGAAUUAACCAAUCGUCUGUCUUCUUCUUGUCAUUUUACGCGACGAAUGAUCCUCUGACACCACGAGUACACACAGUUUUCUUCGCGCACUGUCACCCUGUC